GUCACAACACAGAAGGGUUUUUAAAUGUAGUCCUUUAUCUCAUUUAGACGAGGUAUGAAUUGCUGCCCUUUCGAUAUUAUCAAUUCAAUGUUUAAAACAGAGAGGGCCACUCAAGACGGGAUGCUACCUCACCCUCGAGAAACAGAGACGCCAUCGCGCAGUAACGAUCCCCCGAGAUCUAGGACAACUGACGGGGUGACGGUUGAAGUGAAGGAAAAGAAAAAGGCCAGGAGAAACAUUUUUAUACCCGAGGUUAACAAAGUGACGGUCACAUAUUUUGGCAGCGAGGCAGCUGUUCAUAGGGAACAGGAAAGGACUGAGAAUCAAAAACAAUUCAUUAUUCACCCUUACGGUUGUUUCAGAGGUUAUUGGAUUGUGGUUAUGCUAGUGGUCACAUUAAUCAAUGUCUUGAUUAUCCCCCUGGGUGUGAGUUUCUUUAGUGAAGUCAUUCAUAAGGAUGCCCUAUGGCUAGCCUACAAUGUUAUUUCUGACAGCCUAUUUAUUGUGGAUCUUGUCUUAAAUUUCUACACGGGCUUCAUCAGUGAUGAUAAGGCGGACAUUGUUUUAGACUUGAACAAGAUAAGAAAUCACUAUUUUAAAUCAUGGUUUCUUCCAGACCUACUUGCAGUCCUGCCAGUUGACUAUGGCCUUCUAAUUGCAAGAUCUGCAGGUUUGGUUUCUACUUACCCAUCUGGAUAUACAGCGGUACGUGUUACACGCAUGAUCAAGAUAACUAGACUGUUCAGCUUACUACGUUUAUUUCGGUUUUUCAAAUUGGUUCGGUAUAUCCGCAUCUGGGAAGAGGAUAAGUCUAUUGGCCAACAAUAUUCAAAAGCCAUGUUUCGUGCAUUAUGCCACAUGAUGACACUUAGUUAUGGAACUACUGGAAUUCCAAGAGGGUUGUGUGACAUCUGGGUUGUGAUUAUCAGCAUGCUGAUUGGAGCAGUUAUGUAUGCACUGCUUCUUGCCAGUCUUACCUCAGUGCUCACAAAUUCUGAGGCAAGCAGACAAGUUUAUGACAUCAAGUGUAACUUGUGUAAGGAGUACAUGCGCUGCCAUCGUCUACCAUCUGAUAUUAGGCAUCGGGUUAUGGAUUAUUUAGAAAGCAGUUACCAAGGGAAGUGGUUUGAGGAAGAUGCUAUCCUCAUGGAGCUAUCAGAAUCACUGAGACAGGAUGUAAUCAUUUACAACUGCCAACGUCUUGUGUCUAACAUGCCACUUUUUAAAGACACGGACCCAAACUUUAUCACAGCGAUGCUCGACAAGCUGCAGUUUGAAAUGUACCAAACAAAUGAUGUUAUAAUAAGGAACGGUGCACUUGGCAAUCGCAUGUUUUUCAUUGACAGAGGUACAGUGCUGGUGGAGUCGGCAAACUUAAUGUGCCAACUCAGAGAUGGAGAUUUUUUUGGUGAGCUAUGUUUGAUAACUGGAGGAAGAAGGCGUGCUAGUGUGAAGGCACUCACACCAUGCAGACUGUACUCCCUUUCUGUGACUUGUUAUAGAACUGUUCUACAACUCUAUCCAGAAGUGAAAAAUCACAUUGAGGAGGUUGCCUAUAAACGCCUACAAACUCAAGAUGGUAGGAGACGACAUCCCCAAACCAUCCCUGCUAUCUGAAAAUCUCAUGUUACUGAUGAGGCAACCUGUGUUGGCUGUAGCACAAGUACCCGGUGAACGGACAGAGCAGACAAUGCAUACAUGUUCAAAUAUCCUUGCAGAGUUAAGUUAGUGUAAAUGUUUGAAGUGUGUUCUGUUUUUGUAUUACUUAUAAAUAAAUUGACUUUUAAUUCUU